GCCGGAAGGGCCCCCCGCCUCGCGGCGCCGCGCGAAGAGGUGCCGGGCGGGGCGACCAUGGUGGGCCCGGGCCCGGGCGGCGGUGCGGCGCCGCUGGAGAACGCGAACCCCCUCAUCUACCGCCGCUCGGGGGAGCGGCCGGUGACGGCGCGGGAGGAGGACGACGAGCUGCCCGACUCCAUCGACGACCGCGAGAUCUUCGAUCUCAUCCGCUCCAUCAACGACCCCGAGCACCCGCUCACCCUGGAGGAGCUCAACGUGGUGGAGCAGGUCCGCGUCAAGGUGAACGACGCUGAAAGCACCGUGGCGGUGGAGUUCACUCCCACGAUCCCGCACUGCAGCAUGGCAACGCUAAUCGGCCUGUCGAUAAAAGUAAAAUUGAUUAGAUCUCUGCCUGAGAGAUUUAAGGUGGAUGUUCAUAUAACACCAGGAACACAUGCCUCUGAGCAUGCAGUUAAUAAACAGCUUGCUGAUAAAGAACGUGUAGCAGCUGCUCUGGAAAACUCUCAUUUACUGGAAGUGGUGAAUCAGUGCUUGUCUGCUCGAUCAUAAUUGCCCAAUGAGGAAAUCUUUGGUAUUAUGCUUCAUUAAACACAUUUUGUAUAUAAGUAGUGAUGCAAGUGUUUCACUGUCUGUGUAUCUAUAAGCAAAAUAAAAUUACUUGGAUUUUCUUAAAGAAAUGUUUCAUUACUUCUGCAAAAAUUAAUAUGUGGGAAAUUGGCUUGCAGGCAGCUAUAUAACUAUUAUGAAAUUUGUCUUUUAAAUUUAUUAGCUAUAGCACAGUAAGAUUUUUCUGGGCCUAUCUUUAAAAAGAUUUGUUUGAACUUGUUUUUAACAGAAUUCUGACUAUCCUAAACCAAAGAUUAGUUAUAAACUGCAUUUUAGAAAUGGAUUUUACACAUUGACCAAGAAAAUUAGCAGUUAAAAUCUUUACAUUCAUAUGGUUAGUUUGGACUGUUAGUAUAAUUUCAGCUUCAAACAUCGAGAUUUUUACAAGUUGGUGCGUGCAAAGUCAUAACAUGCCAGUAGCAAUAAAUGUAAACACUACUAGAA